AUGAGCGCGGCACGAUCCGGCCUCUACUCGGCCACCCGCUCCCUGGCCAGGCGUACCGCACUCCCCACCGCCACCCGCGCCUGCCCCUCGCGAGGCCUCAUCGUUCCCUCGCGCGUCGCCCUCAGCCAGGACAGCCAGCCCGAACACCCACAACACAAGCAGGGCAUCCUCAAGUCCCUCCUCCACGGCUCCGAAAAGGCAAAGGCAGAGGGCGUCACCGCACAGUCCCACUCGGCCCAGGUCGCUCGUGGAAAGUACAUCCACGAAAUCCAGCGCCAGAGCGUCGCGCCGGAAAAGGUUGACGAGUACAAGGCGCUUCUCGCCGACUUCUUCCCCAAGCUGGCCAACAAGGGCCUCCCCAUGCGGCUCACGGGCUCCUGGGAGGUCACCGUCGGAGAUCUCGAGACGUUCUACCACAUCUGGGAAUACGACGGCUACGCGGGCUACGACACUGCCGACAAGGCCCUGCGCGAGGACCCGGACUUUCAAAAGUUCCAGGCUUCGAUCCGCGGCAUGCUGACGGGACGCACAAACUGGCUCACCCAGGAGUUCAGCUUCUGGCCCUCGAGCCCGCCCGUCACCACCAACGGCCUCUACGAGCUGAGGACCUACCACCUCAAGCCCGGCCACCUCUUGGAGUGGGAGCAGCACUGGCGACGCGGCCUUGAGGCCAGGCGCCGCUUUGUCGAGCCCAUCGGCGCCUGGUUCACCCAGAUCGGCGGCCUGCACACCGUCUUCCACAUCUGGGAGUACCCUUCGCUCGACGAGAGGAAGCGCACCCGCGACGCUGCGUGGCAGGUUGAGACCUGGGGCGAGACUGUCAACGAGACCGUCAAGCUCAUCGACAAGAUGCACGCGCAGAUCAUGCGCCCGCUGCCCUUCAGCCCGCUCAAGUAG